AAGGCGCCGCCGAGAGCUGGGAGGCGGCGCCGCGCCCGGGAGGUCGUGUCGUGGGCGCCGUCCUGGUGGCGGGGAGCGCACCGCGGAGGGGACAUGCGAUCGGAGAAGUCCCUUACGUUGGCGGCGCCGGGGGAGGUCCGUGGGCCGGAGGGGGAGCAACAGGAUGCCGGAGACUUCCCGGAGGCCGGCGGCGGCGGCGGCUGCUGUAGUAGCGAGCGGCUGGUCAUCAACAUCUCCGGGCUGCGCUUCGAGACGCAGCUGCGCACCCUGUCGCUCUUCCCCGACACGCUCCUGGGGGACCCCGGCCGCCGCGUCCGCUUCUUCGACCCGCUGAGGAACGAGUACUUCUUCGACCGCAACCGGCCCAGCUUCGACGCCAUCCUCUACUACUACCAGUCGGGGGGCCGGCUGCGGAGGCCGGUCAACGUGCCGCUGGACAUCUUCUUGGAGGAGAUCCGCUUCUACCAGCUCGGGGACGAGGCCCUGGCUGCCUUCCGCGAGGACGAGGGCUGCCUGCCCGAGGGUGGCGUGGACGAGAAGCCACUGCCCUCCCAGCCCUUCCAGCGCCAGGUGUGGCUGCUCUUCGAGUACCCGGAGAGCUCGGGGCCCGCCCGGGGCAUCGCCAUCGUCUCGGUCCUGGUCAUCCUCAUCUCCAUCGUCAUCUUUUGCCUGGAGACGCUGCCGCAGUUCCGUGCAGAUGGUCGAGGCGGAAGCGAUGGUGGUGGUGUCUCCCCAGUGUCCCGGGGCAGUCAGGAGGAAGAGGAGGAUGAAGACGAUUCCUAUACAUUUCAUCCUGGCAUCACCCCCGGGGGAAUGGCGGCAGGGGGCUCAUCCCCACUAAGUACUCUUGGGGGCUCCUUUUUCACCGACCCCUUUUUUCUGGUGGAGACGCUGUGCAUCGUCUGGUUCACCUUCGAGCUGCUGGUGCGCUUCUCCGCCUGCCCCAGCAAGCCGGCCUUCUUCCGCAACAUCAUGAACAUCAUCGACUUGGUGGCCAUCUUCCCCUACUUCAUCACCCUGGGCACCGAGCUGGUGCAGCAACAGGAGCAGCCGUCAGCCAGUGGAGGCGGCGGCCAGAACGGGCAGCAGGCCAUGUCCCUGGCCAUCCUGAGAGUGAUCCGCCUGGUCCGGGUGUUCCGCAUCUUCAAGCUGUCCCGCCACUCCAAGGGGCUGCAGAUCCUGGGCAAGACCCUGCAGGCUUCCAUGCGGGAGCUGGGUCUGCUCAUCUUCUUCCUCUUCAUCGGGGUCAUCCUCUUCUCCAGCGCCGUCUACUUCGCAGAGGCUGACGAUGAUGAUUCGCUCUUUCCCAGCAUCCCGGAUGCCUUCUGGUGGGCGGUGGUUACCAUGACCACGGUAGGUUACGGGGACAUGUACCCCAUGACGGUGGGGGGCAAGAUCGUGGGCUCGCUGUGUGCCAUCGCCGGGGUCCUCACCAUCGCCCUGCCCGUGCCCGUCAUCGUCUCCAACUUCAACUACUUCUACCACCGGGAGACGGACCACGAGGAGCACGGCCAGUAUACCCACGUCACCUGUGGGCAGCCGGCCCCGGACCUGAAGGCAGCUGACUGUGGACUUGGCAAGCCUGAGUUCUCGGAGGCCACCCGGGAGCGGAGACCCAGCUACCUUCCCACUCCACAUCGGGCAUAUGCCGAGAAAAGGAUGCUCACUGAAGUUUGAUGGAUGCAGGCCGGGCCUGCACGGAAGGAAGACACUGAGCAAACCAUCCCUUAGGGCUCCUUCUCAUUCUCCACCACGCGCACCCCACAGCUCCAGGUGACUUUCUGACUCCCUCCCCUACACCCAGUGGCUGGUGCCAGGACCACACACCUGGACUCUCAAUCUUGUUACUUGACCCCUGCAGCAUCCAAGGUGUUUCUCCAUCUGAGUGACAUUUUCGAAAUUCUAACGGUGCCACUCAUUCGUGCCCAUUUUCUGUCACAUGGAUGAGAUUUCCAUCUGACCUUCCCUCAAGACUCUGAUUUUUCAUGUCUGGGACUUGUAAUAUCUCUAGGAAGAGCGACGUUGACAAGAUGGAAACCAGGCAUACUUGGGUCCUUUUUCCCCUUAGCAUCUGUGGCUUUGGGGCAUGCCCCUGUCUUAGCUUCUGGCCACAUGGUAACCGGCAGAAACGGGGGGACAGAAACAGUACUCCUUCUGUUGUUUUCCUCCAGCGCCCUGUAACACUGGCUGGUCAUCCUGAAGAGGACCCCUGGGAGAGCCUUCAGCUGCCCAGCCUGAAAAUAUGCUAUUCAUCUCUAAUCUUGGAUGCAAUUCGAGAAACUACAAUUACACUUGGCCAUUUAGAGGAUAUGAGAGUCAGUUCUGGACCAGAGGGGCCAAUGGAUUCUUCCAGGUGUGAUCCGGCACAGUAGACAUCAGUCUUUGGUCUCCACUUAGUUCUCCCCACUCUGAUCCCCUGACUCUCUCUAGCUUCCAGGAAGGUGCCUUCUCAGAGCCAAAUACUCUUCCUGUGCAGAGGAACUGGCAAAGAGGAACCACAGAGCUGGGAGAAAUGGCUGAAUAUAAUCAAGCACCUGGCUUGACCGCUUACCAGAAGAGAGGUGCCACGGAGACAGUGCCACCUCGGGGGGCAGAGGAGUCUUCUACUGAUUGCAAAUUUCUCUCCCUCACUUCCCCCGACCCUCUCUAGCCCUCCACCCUUCUUCCUGGGAGUCUGACUUAGGAUUGCUGUUGAAGGCUUUCUAAAGCAGACUCCAGCCUAAACCCACAGACGGGUAAAAGCACACGUUGGAUGCUAGCGUGGGCUUUUUUUUUUCUUUUCCAUUUUGUGGGCAAUGAGACAGGUGGUUUAGAGUAAGGAAGAAGCAUUAUUCCUUUGCUGACAGCCUCACUGUUAGAGGUUUUUGCUGAGUCAAACAAACAUUCUCCUGCUCUGGCCCUGGAGCUGCAGCCAACAACUCUCACUGGUAAGGUGCCACCUGGACCAAGUCAUCUUCUUCCAUUGUGAACCCCUGUUUCUGUCCCCUCAUCACAUUGUCAUUCAUUUGUUGCCUUGAUCAACUGUGAUGCACUGUUCUGAGCUCUCCUGGGUACGGUUCAGAAACCGAAAGGACUGUUAACGAGUUUUUAAUUUUAUAAACUAGGCUUUAAGGCUCCUUGAUAAGAAUUUUUUAAAAAAUCUUUUCUCAAAGAGCAAACUUAUGAGGGACGGCCUCUUGAGGGUUUUCUUGAGAGACACUGUCCGGAUGUUGCCACACUUUACAGGGUAACUUGGGUGCCACAGUCCCUCUUUGUGCCUCAGUUUCCCCACCCAUUCAAUGGGAACAUUCAUGUCUUCCCCCCACCCCCACCUCAUGGGGAAUGGCCCGUGAACUCAUCUGGGAGGCUGGGGAUGACGCUAUGCAAAUGUGUGAACUUCCGUAACGGUUUCUAGUUCAUUACCACGUUCCCCCAUUUCCCAUAGGCAAGGCCUCCCCUGAGAGUUCCUGCCUUGGAUCCAGAGCCCAUGCACAGGCCAUUCUGGGCCAUUAGCUCUUUAAAUCCCUCCCUAGCCUCUUGAACCGGGCCUUGGUCUUUCUUCUUACCCUUUGGCAAGGAGGAGACUCUUUGGAGCGAUCCAGUGGGAUCCUUUUAGGGCCAGACACCAUCAUCUUGAUUGGGAGCUUGGCUUCUCCAAACCUGAAAUGCAGUAGGAGAUGCUCAUGAUUCAGACACUUGCUCUGAGGCCAUAAAGUGCCAGGUUUCCAAAUCUCUUCUGGAAUAUUAACUCCUGGCAGUUCGGGGGAAAGAGAAGGCCCACCCAGAGGCAAAAGGAAUGCUCCCGGCGAGGGUAAAGUUGGCACACGUAGGCAUGUGUCUCUGUACGUACGUAUGUGCUCAUCUUCAUCUCCAUUUCCUUUUCAAGUCAGAGCAUGCCCGAAAGUAAAGGGUUUAUGGAGAGCUGGGCUCUCCAGGGACUCUGGUUGCCGUAGCAACCUUCCAGACUGUUCUCUCUAUCUUCUGAUUUGGGCAGCCAGGGAGAACAGGAGACUACGUAUUCCCAGCUUCUGAAAGGGGGACGCCUCUCGCAUAUGGCUUUAGGGGCUGCUAGGGCUAGGACAGGGGUGCGUGACCUUCGGAAAAUGAAGGGGAAGCAGGUCCCCAAAGCUUCCCAUCUGGACCUUUCUUCCUGGUUUCCCCACCCAGUCAUUGAAGCUGCCUCAUCCCACCCCUGAGUCUUCAGAAACUUGAAUGCUAAGCAACUGCUGGUUAAACCAAUGUCCAUAUUAUUUUGUUUGAAAUGGCCCUGGAGGGGACUAGCUUCUCCAGAGGCAGUCAAGCUGGGCCCGGCCAAGGGUCGUACUCAUUUUAAUCCGUAAUAGCACGUGUGGAGCACUCACAUCCUCGGAGAGAGGCUCCGCCCAGCCCCAAGAGAGACAGAGAAACGACGCUCCUUCUUCCCAAGGAACAGUCUAGCGCUUGGGAGGAAUUUCACAGGUGGUUCAUCUUAAGAUGUGGAAGAAACACUGAGAGGCUGUGACCUGACCUAGUUCCUGUGAAGGAUUCUGCCAAGUGAACCCCUCUGACUCCGAGCCUCUUGAUGGGGAUUUUGCUCCCUGAGCGCCGAGACAAUCUGUGCCCGGUGUUGCUGUGACAGCUGGGGUGGCGAUUUCGCAGCUGCCAGCAGAGGGGUUCAGGUCAUCGUUACACCUGACUCGGGCCCACAGGAGCUCCCAGAGGUCUUCCUGGAUCUGUGAAGCUCGGCUGAGACGUGGGAGAUUUCCUCCUGCCAGAUCAGCCCCAGGAGAGAAGGGGACAGCUGGCCGUCUUUGCACCCGAGACACAAUGCCUCUACAACGAAUCUCCUCUGAAAGCGUGCGGUAGCUCCGGCUCUGAGGAGUCAUAGUCGCCUGGCGCCUUGUGAGGGCUUCGUGGGGAGAGCACGGAUGCAGCCUCAGACCUGGAAGGAAGGGAAGAGGCUGGCACAGAGGUCCAGGCCAGGAGACCUUCACCUCCACUUCUGAUAGUGGCUGGACAAAGAGGGUCCGGACCCUCAACUUCUCCAGAAGAUGAGACCCCCUCCGGUGGCCUCCCACGGGCCAUGACCAGGCUGGAAAAAGCUGGGACCAGACCCACCGGCAUUUAAAGAUGGGGCCCAGGAUAUUGGGGUGAAGCUGGGGCGGGGAGGUGAGAGCUGGUGGUGUGGAUUAAGGAGACCAGGUGUGGAGAGGGCAGGGGUCGAACGAUGAGGGCAAGUGCGCGGCUGUGCUGGAGGCCCGUCUAGGAAAAGGGUGGCCACGGAGGGCUACCAGUAAACCCACGCGCAGUCUCGGAGGCCGUGUGCUUCGCUGUGUGGAAACAUCAACAGCUAAGCUAAGCAGACAUGUCAUGUUAAGUCGUGACAAAGGCAGCUAUCCAAGGUGCCAGGGCACCCAGCCAGCGUCCCAGGUGCCACCCGCAGAUGGCAUCAGAAAUGACGUUUGAUUACCCUCUGCCGUGACCCCACCCUGGACAGGGGACGUCUUCCAAGGGGGCAGGAUGUGUCACCCACGGUUGAAGAGUGGCCUGUCUCUCCUAUAGACCUGCCUGCGGGCAGACGUCAAGGCCAGAUGAUGCCACGUGCAGGGUCUCCCAGGACAGCGGAGGUGUCUUUCUAGUGUGUAACCCACUCUGCCUCUGUCCUGUCCCCAGGGGAAGGAGAGCAGGUUCUACUUCCGGGAAGUCCCUCCUCCUCGCCUCCGUCCCUCCCUCCCUCCAGCAUCCUUCCAGAGUGCUCUGGAAGGGGACAUUCCCACUAGUGGCCACUCAUCCAAAUAUCUUUUCCUCUCGGUGACAAAACACAUGAGGCUGAUUUUCUUGCCUUGAAUUUACUUUCUUAAUUAGGUGUUGCUGAGAUUACCGUUUGCUUUAAUGCCCGGACCCUCCCAGGUCUGUGUGCUGGGCAGGGGGGCUUCGUCACCAAACUGCAGAAGCCCUGGCCGCGGGGACCAUAUCCUCAGCCAAGUGCCCACCCGAUGUCUAGCAAAGCACCGGACGUGGACUUGUCACUCACAAAGUGGCCGGUGAAUGAGUGAGUGAGGAUGUGAUUGAAUGAACGUUGGCUCUGGUUAAUAUAUGCCGUUAACACACUCGCGUACAAGUCGUCAGGCACUUACACAUUGUUUCCUAUAAGUGAGGGUGGCAGUCAAGCGUCGCUGCAUCACACACACACACUUUUCUCUCCCAGGCUUCUCCUCUUACCGAAGAAGCCUCACAACUCUGACAUCUCCUGUGAAGGUCUGUGUCCCAAGCUGUGUCUGUGAUCUGUUUGCUUCUUCAUUCAACAAGUGUUCGUUGAAUGCCUGCUGUGGGCCAAGGGACAAAACCAAGGACUCAGGCUCUUAUGAAGCUUAGCUUCUGCUGGAGGAGAUAGGCAAUCGAUAGAAUAAGUAACUAAAAUACACUCUAUGCUAGGUGAGUACAAACUCCACCAAGGGACAUCC